CGACAUCCCUGCUCUCCGCCUUCAGGAAGCACCCCCAGACUUCGAGGUCAGCUCCAGGGUACUCCAGACUCCACAACUCUUCCACCACAAAAUUUAGCAAAACUAACGAAAACGCGAUGCAGGAGUAAAGCAGGCUCUGGCUCCCGUGAAACUCUCACACAUCGCCUCUUCCCCACAUUCCUCGCCGGGUUCCCUCGCUUCCCAUCGGAUCCGUUCCGGACAAUUUCUCACCGGAGUCUCUAGCGAAUACCAAAAAUUCCCGAUGCCUUGUUGUGUCGGGUAUUGGUCACGCCUCAUCCCGCCCACAUUUAAACAGGGGUGCUUUUCUCGAAGCAUUUCGCCGAAAUCUUCUCCAUAAACUCCGGUCCCAGGCACAGCUCGGCAUCCUAAAACUCUUGGAUUUCUCGGGAUCCUUCGCCCCACGGCGUACGCCGUGCUCCGUACUCCGUAUAUAUUCAAGGAUCUACGGUCCGAGAGGCUCUUGAAUCCAAUCGAUUCUCCUGUAAGGCAGCCAACCACCUCCCGUUACUUCUUCCAACCCCUGGGUGGUUUUUUACACAACUCACGGCAUAUACAGUUUUAAACACCCCCCCCCCCCCCCCCUUUUACUUGUCCUAAAGUGGGAAAAGACACAUUCGCCAUGGGGUCCGCCGACUGCUCGUUGCCGCUUGCGACGUCCCCUGACCUCGUUCUCGUCGUGCCUACUCCUGACGAACGGAUCGAGUGUUUAAAAAUUAACGGCCUGGCAUGGAAAGGGCAGCUGACGACAGAACAGUACAUCCAGCGAGAGAACCACCUGAUGAGCCAGAACAUGACAAAGGACGGAGCCUUGACCUGCUGGAUCCUCACAGAACGAAACUCACUCCCGGACUCCCGCCCAAUCCUCAGUAGCUGCGAAACCUUCGCGAAACCCGCUUUCCUCGCCUAUAAUGGUAAGGUUGAGGAUGUUCUCUCCCACGGUAUUGGUAGCGUGUUCUCGCGACCCGAAUAUCGCGGACGAGGUUAUGCGCGACGGAUGAUCCAGGAACUCAUUAAGGUCCUCGAGACGUGGCAGCUAGAGAACUCCGCCAGGAAGAAGUCCAUCUUCUCUGUGCUCUAUUCCGACAUAGGAAAGACCUUCUAUGCUGCCCUUGGAUGGAAGCCGUUCCAGUCGUCCCAUUACUCCCUCCCGCCGCUGGAGAGACCACAAGCUAAGAAGGAUAUCGAAGGCCUGGAUAUGAUAUUGGUCAAGGACAUGGCAAGAGACGAUGUGAAAAGAUACAUGUGCUCCAAUGCGGUUCUCGACCGAUAUCGCGCAAAGCUGAGGGAAGCCUCUGCAAAAGACACAAAGGCCAAGGCUGCGUUCAGUCCUGACUUUGACAAUAUGACUUGGCAUUGGGCGCGAGAGGAAUUCUACUCCCCAAUACUUGCUCCCGAGAAAGGUGAACCAAAAGUGAAAGGCGCAUGCGUUCCGAGCCGAAACGUCUUCUUCUCCUGGAACCGAAACUUUGGUGCAUCUGCCGAGCAGAGUACCCUUUUCAUUCUUCGAGCUCUGCACGAGGAACCUUCAUCUGCAUCAGAGAGACAAACGAUAAUUGAUGCCACCGCUGCUGUUCUCCGUCGCGCUCAAUACGAGGCGCGCGACUGGGAUAUGGGGCGAGUGGAGAUCUGGAACCCCUCUCCUUUGGUAGAAGAAGCCGUCAAGAAGCUAGACGCCAACGCAAAGUUGGUUCACAGGGAAACCAGCAGCAUUACUAGUCUGAAGUGGAAUGGCAAAGAACUGGGACUUGGAGAGGAGGUAGACUGGGUAUGGAACGAGAAAUACGCCUGGUGCUAG